CUUAGUACAGCUCAUCCUGAACGCUUCCUCAUUCCUGUCAGUGGCGGUUUAAGCAAAGUCUUGUGCAAUCCCAUCAUCCAGUGUAGCCAAGCAUAGACAAUGAAAAUAUAAUAAUAAUGCUACAAGUGAAAUCAAAACAUGACAAUUUCUGCCGAAGUGUUAGUAGUUAUAUCAUUUCGAGAGCUCCAUUUCCUGUUUGGUUUACUGUGGAAGUGUUUGUGGGUUUACAGAUCUGGCUUUGAGGACAGAGCAGCAGAUGGGGGGCAAUCCCCAUCUUUCAGGGCUGUUCUCAUGGCAUUAGCAUUGACGACACUAUGGAGAUAUCUGACUAAUUCAGUUACACAGACCCAGAAAUACAUUUUGAGUAAAUUACACAUGGGUGGAAAUUUUUUUUUUCUCUGUUUUCUCAGAAUUCAAUCAAAAAUUUGUUAGGAAUUUAUAGGAAUUCAGUUGCAAAAGUACCUCAAAAAAAAGAAAGAGAAGGGAAUUCAAAAAAGCCUUUGGAAAGUUGAGGAAAUUCAGACAUAAUCAGGCUUGAUGUCAGAACGUGAUUAUGCCUGAACCUGCAUUUCUCAGGAUUUGACAUGAGUGGCAGCACUGAGCUGGUAUUCUGGGGGCUUUCCUCUGUUUUUUUUUCACCGCUUUACUUCCUGGAAGUAACGCAAGCAAGUCAGCCAGACAGGAGGGAGGCAGAGUAAAAAAAAAACUGGUGCACAUAUCCUUGUUCUGACACUGAAAGUGAAACGGAUUCUUUGUGUAAAUCUGAGAGCCUUUUUCUCCGCGUUUAGUUUGUCAGGAUGGAUGAUGCACAGUAUUCCCUGAAGUUUAACAAUGAGUUUAUGGUGGACCUUCCAUAUCUGCAUGAACCUUUUGAGGUGAAGCCUGAACCCUUUGUGCCAGAGACAGUUCAUGGGCCUUACCUACAGAUAAUUGAGGAGCCAAAGCAGAGAGGCUUCAGAUUUCGUUAUGAAUGUGAGGGCCCAUCCCAUGGUGGUCUGCCAGGGGCCUCCAGUGAAAGGAACAGAAGGACGUAUCCCACAGUUAAGGUGUCAAACUACAUGGGUCACGCUCGCGUAGAGGUUCAGCUUGUGACGCACACAGACCCUCCACGUGUUCAUGCGCAUAGCCUUGUGGGUCGCCAUUGUAAUGACAAUGGGAUAUGCACCAUUGAUGUCGGGCCUAAUGAUCUCACAGCACAUUUCCCUAACCUAGGCAUUUUGCACGUGACAAAGAAGAACGUAAGCAAAGUUUUGGAAGAGAGGAUGAUUGAGGCCUACAGGAUGGGCUAUAACUACGGCAUAUCCAUCCAUCCCGAGAUAGAUGCUCUUCAGGGAGAGGUCCGCGUUCCCAGAGAACUCGCAGACGCUGAGAGGAACCUGAUUAGCAGUUCAUCGGUUCAUCAGUCGAAGGAGAUGGAUCUGAGCGUUGUACGGCUCAUGUUCACAGCCUUCCUGCCCGACAGUGAUGGAGGGUUCUCCCGCAGACUUGAACCGGUUAUUUCAGACCCCAUCUUUGACAGCAAAGCCCCGAACGCCUCCAAUCUGAAGAUCGUGCGGAUGGAUCGGACCGCUGGCUGUGUGACGGGAGGAGAGGAGGUUUAUCUGCUGUGUGACAAAGUCCAGAAAGAUGAUAUCCAGGUGCGGUUUUAUGAAGAUGAUGAGUCAGGUCUAACCUGGGAGGCCUUCGGGGAUUUCUCCCCCACCGACGUCCACAGACAGUUUGCCAUUGUCUUCAAGACGCCUAAAUAUCGGGACCUGAACCUCCAGAAGCCUAUCUCUGUGUUUGUGCAGCUAAAAAGAAAGUCAGACAAUGAAACGAGCGAACCUAAGCCUUUCACCUACCAUCCACAGAUUAUAGAUUGA